GUAUUUCAAAUCAAAAUGGCGUCAUUGGUACUGCGUAUCUUUGUGGUAUCACUACUUGUUUUGACAGCAGGCUCGAUCGAUCUGGUUAUUCAUCGUUUGUUAGGAAAACAUGUUUCUUGUUACCCUGUAGUAUGCCGAGUAGGAUUUCAGGCGUCGUUUUGCAAAAGGAACAGAACGAGCGACUAUUGUCAUUUGUGCCCCUAUGGUAGCAGACAAGAUAGGGCUGUGGACUCAAGAUCUCUCUAUGCUACGGAAGACAUCCCAAAAUGCUCGCGUGUCGAGAUCGCUUGUCUGAUGUCAGAAACUACGCCUGUUGUGGAAAAUGGAAAAGUAGUCCGCUGUGAAUGUGACCUGUCAAACGGAUAUGUUGGAGAGGACCCGCUAUGCAUUAAAGUCAAUAGCUGUCCACCCGAACGGGAACUCGCCAAUACAAGCGGUAGAUGCAUACCAUGCCCGUCGGGAUCCUGUAAAAACACUACUGGCUACGAGUUCUGCAAACCAUGGACCAGUUGUGAAACCCAUGGCAGAGAAACUUUGAAGGUAGGUAAUUCAACUGCUGAUACUGUCUGCGGGAAACGGCUUCAGACUACGAAGAGUGAGCCGAGUUUGUAUCCAACAGCAAACACGUUUGCUUUGACCUUGAAAUGCGAAACAGGAGAUUGCCUUACUAAAGCCGAACAGACUGUCUCCAAAGAAGAGGUCAUUGACAACCCACUGCAACAUCAAGACAAGACUGAUCAGCAUCACUCGAAAGCCGGCGGAGAGCUGAGCAAUCUGUAUUUCCUCGCCCUCGUGACUUCGAUGAUCCUGAUUCUGUGCAUGAUAUGUGGCUUUACGGUCAUCUAUUGGAAACUAAAAGGCAGACUUGUGAAAGGGUUUCACAGGAGUCUUUCAUCGAAGAAGGAAAAAGAUAUCGAAAAUUGUUUAAAGCCAGGUAUCCAAGAAGUGAAUGAAAUACACAAACACAAGGAAAAAGGAACAGUUGCCGAAAAAUCAAUACUUAUUGACGAUUAUGAGCAGCCAGCUGCAAAAACGUCUACACCUAUUGACGACGAGGAACAACCAGAAACAAUGUACCCUCCAAUCAACGAACAACCCGCUGAACCAACCGCCCCAGAAUUGUCCAUGCAGGGAAACUUAGAGCCUCUGAUCCACGUUCCAUCAAGUUGUUAUACAAGUGACGCAAAAAAUGAUGGUUUGAAAGUUAACAUCUACGUCCAAAAGGGAAAUUACGGUUAAACAUGCCUUAUCGAAACUUUAGAGAGUGGAAGAGAAUGAAAAAAAAUGUCCAGAUAAAGAGUAAUAAUGUGGUUUAUUACGGUUAGUGAGAAAGAGAUUGAAUGAGGUAUACGAGUUGAGCGUAGAUAAUAGAUGUCCUUAAAUAAGAAUCACUGAGCUUGGGGAAAAUCAAUCAUGGAACUAAAAAAAUACAAAGCAAUAAUAAAAA